AUGAAUCUGGCAAAUUAUUCUUACUUCUCUGGCAUGUGCAACAUGACCGCAGAGACGCAGCACUCGCCCGCCGAGGCCAGUCCUGUCGUCCUGUCUCCAAACGUCAGCCUGGACUCGCCGCUGCCUCCUGCGCCGCCCCUGAUGCUGCAGGCCCGGACCAGCAAGGACAACAUCCUGAUCAAGUCCGAGCCCAGAGGGACCAGCCCCGGCGCGGAGGACGGAGCCGCCCUGGGCCAGACCGAGGAGCACCUGCCCACCGGGAGCCGCCGGAGGAAGAGGCCCGUCCAGAGGGGGAAACCUCCCUACAGCUACAUCGCCCUCAUCGCCAUGGCCAUCGCCAACUCCCCGGAGAGGAAGCUCACCCUGGGGGGCAUCUACAAGUUCAUCAUGGAGCGGUUCCCCUUCUACAGGGAGAACUCCAAGAAGUGGCAGAACUCCAUCCGCCACAACCUCACCCUCAACGACUGCUUCGUGAAGAUCCCCCGGGAGCCCGGCAGACCAGGUAAAGGCAACUACUGGACCUUAGACCCCGCCGCCGAGGACAUGUUUGACAACGGGAGCUUCCUGAGGAGGAGGAAGAGGUUCAAGCGCACAGAUGUGAGCACUUACCCCGGGUACAUGCAGAGCUCCAGCGCCUUUACCCCAACCCCAAUGGGCAGACCCUCGUACCCCAACACCCUGUACGCCGGGAUAGGGUCUGGUUAUGGCUCCCAGCUGACGGCCACAUCCCCGCAUCAUCCCGCCAUGCUGCAUCACUACCAGACCUCCGCGGGGGUCGGCCAGGGACAGCCGCGCAUGUUCAGCAUCGACAACAUCAUCAGCCAGCAGUCGGUGGUGCAGAGCGGCCCGGGGGGGGACCUCAGCUCCCAGGCGCUGGGGCUGGGUGGCGGUGACCUGGGCAACAUGACCUCCAGCUGCUCGGUCACCGGCACCGACCCGUCUGCGUGCUUCCAGAACCAGUCGAUCAACCCCUCGGGGAACAUGCUGGGCAGGAACAGCGGGAACAUCGGCUCCAAUCUGGUCGCCGGGUACCCCUACUCAUCCUCGGCCUCUCCUCCAAACCUGCCCGCCAUGAACCAGUCCGGGUUCUCCCCGGGGAGCUCCCAGGUUUACUGCUCCGGCAACCGGCUCUCCCUGCCGGCCCUGCGCCCGGGCUCCUGCGCCGAGCACACGGAGCAGCUGCUGGGCCUCUCCAGCCCCAUGAACUCCUACAACAACACCUACAUGAGACAAGCCAACUUUGCAUCAGGGUUAGACCGGUACAUGUGA